GUGUCAUUGGAAUCAACGUAUUGGAGUGCGUUGGGGUGAAUAGGAGCAUGUUGGGACAUGUGACGCGAACAGACCCUACAUAUAUGGUGGAAACAGGUGGAAACUAGCACCACUUGACUGGGACUGGGCGUGUUUGGCGUGUUUACUCCGAAUGUUAAUUGAUGUUCAUGAUUCAUUCGAAAGUGACUGAAAGAUCCACACGAGUCGGCAAAAACGAAAAAAAUACAGCAAGGAAAAGGAAAACGAGAAUGCAUGGUGCAUUUUGAAGCUUUGAAAAAGUGUCUAGCGGUGUAAUCUGUAAUAUCGUGACUCUGAGAGUGAAAACGCGCACUUCUCGGAGAUGGCUACUGUUCACCAGGUGAUGACGUCGAUCGUCAUUGCUUGCUGGUUCUAUUGCCUACUGGGCGUUGUCGGCCAGUACGAAUGGCAGGUCCGCGACCCUUUCGAUGAGAUUCGCAUGCGGAUGGACAAGGUGAACGAUGAUAAUUGUCCCAUACAGCACCUUGGUGAUUUGUAUCUGCCAGAGGACGCGGUGUCACACUUGCCUGACAUAAAAGACAUCAACAUCAACCCGGUGUUUCCGAAUCGUACAGCUUUGCUGCAUCUGCACAAUAUGGCACUCAGUAGGAGCUUCUUCUGGAGCUAUAUUCUGCAGUCGCGCUUUAUUCGACCAGCGAUCAAUGAUACCUAUGAUCCAGGUUUGAUGUAUUAUUUCCUGUCUACAGUGGCGGAUGUCUCCUCUAAUCCAUACAUUAAUGCCUCAGCCAUAUACUUCUCACCUAAUAUGUCUUAUUCGCCAUCCUAUCGAGGUUUCUUCAAUAAGACCUUUCCCAGAUUUGCACCACGAACCUUCAGGGCAGACGACUUUAACGAUCCUAUACACUUGGAGAGAAUAUCCACUAGGAAUACAUUCACUGUGCAGGAUUUAGGGGCAUUUCCCAGUACCAGGCUCAGCGACGAUUACACCACUGACUUUUAUCGCAUAAAUGAAUGGUAUAAACAAUGGUUACCAGAUAAUGUUGAUAAAAGACACGACACCAAAACAACAUAUCAAGUUGAAAUUCGCUAUGCCAACAAUACGAAUGAAACAUUUACCUUCCAUGGUCCACCCGGUGCCGAUGAAUAUCCUGGACCUGUGAAGUGGACUAGACCAUAUUUUGAUUGUGGCCGAUCGAAUCGAUGGCUUGUAGCUGCAGUAUCGCCUGUAGCAGAUAUUUAUCCACGACAUACCGGUUUCAGACAUGUCGAAUACCCAACAUAUACUGCUGUUUCAGUAAUGGAAAUGGAUUUCGACAGAAUAGAUAUAAAUCAAUGUCCUAAGGGUAAAGGGAACAGUGGACCUAACAGAUUUGCUAAUACAGCAAGAUGCAAGACUGAUACUACAGAAUGUGAACCGAUACAUGGUUGGGGUUUUAGAAGAGGCGGAUAUCAAUGUAGAUGUAAACCGGGUUACAGAUUACCAACUGUUGUACGACGACCUUACCUCGGUGAAAUAGUGGAAAGAGCCACUCAAGAGCAAUACUAUAAUGGUUUUGAUUGUUCACGAAUUGGCUGGAUUCACAAAAUGCCGGUACAAUGGGAGAAAGCACAACCGUAUCUUAGAGAAAAAUAUCUUGAGCAGUUUCAUCAUUACCGAAAUUAUUCGAUUGGUCCAGCCGCGCUUCACGAUACAAAGCUAAAUAUUGACCAGGCUCUCAAAUUUAUUCUAGGUAUGAAUUCGAGAACUUGCAAAAGUUAUGCGCCACAAGACUUGAUGUUACGCGGAGAUAUUAGUUUCGGCGCAGAAGAGUUCUUCGAGAACGAAGCAAAAAUGGCGACUAGAUUGGCGAAUUUUAUUAGCGCGUUUCUGCAAGUAUCGGAUCCCUUGGAGGUUUACUCGGGCAAGAGAGUGGCCGAUCGACCACUCACAGAAGAUCAAAUGAUAGGGGAGACGCUAGCUCUGGUGCUCGGUGACACGAAAAUAUGGUCAGCUGGCACCUUUUGGGAUCGCAAUAAAUUUACCAAUAGAACCUUCUUUGCCCCAUACGCUUACAAGACUCAAUUAAAUACGCGCAAAUUUAAACUUGAAGAUCUAGCUAGGCUUAACGAUACAGAUGAAGUAUACACGAAAAAAAGUUUUUUCCAAGCAUUAAAACAACGUUGGGCGACGAACUUCGAUCAGUUGGAGAAAUACUAUAUGAAGAUAAAAAUUCGAUUCAAUGAAACCGGAGAAUAUCUGAAAAAAUUCGAACAUUAUCCAAAUUAUUACAGGGCAGCAAACCUAGAUCAUGGACAUUGGACAACUCCGUACUUCGAUUGUAAUGGCAAGGUGAAGAAAUGGGUAAUUACUUAUGCAUCCCCAUUUUUUGGCUGGGACAGCUUGAAGGAGAAACUAGAAUUUAAGGGUGUCAUUGCUGUUACGAUGGAUAUGCUUCAGUUGGAUAUAAAUCAAUGUGAUGAUAAAUUUUAUCAGUCAAACGCAUUCAAGAGUACACACAAAUGCGACAGAAAGACAUCAUACUGCGUACCUAUUCUUGGCAGAGGAUUUGAGACAGGUGGAUACAAAUGUGAAUGCAAGCAAGGAUUCGAAUAUCCAUUUGAGGAUUUAAUCACGUAUUAUGACGGUCAAUUAGUGGAAGCAGAAUUUAAUAACAUUGUUAAUGACAAAGAAACAAGAUACGAUAUGUUCAAGUGUCGAUUGGCUGGUGCUUCGUCAAUUCAGGACAGUUGGAUACUAUUGAUAUCAGCAUUAAUGAUAUUUUUUCUAGCUCAAAGAAGAUGA